AUGCCUCGCAGUCAAACGCAGCAGCGUAAUAACCCGAAAGACCGCUCAGCGCAGAAACCAGCGCAGAAGCGGAAAAACGGACGCUCGCUCAAUGCUCUUUCUAUUGCAGAGAAGCAAAUCCCGACCAGACUAGGUGUUCGACGCAGUCGUCUGGGAGCCUACGAUGAUGGUUCUAGCCGCAAGAGAAAUACCGGCGGUGACGACGAAGACGAAGAGGAGGAGACCCCUCACUACAAGCGCCGCAGAACCGAAGAUACCGGCAGCCUCGAUGGUGGCAGUGAUAGCGAGGGACACGAAUGGACUCUUGGCCAAGUGAACAGCGAUGACGACAGCGAACUCGACAGUGACGAAGCUCUCGGCGAAAGCGACGAAGAACGAUUCGAGGGCUUCACAUUUCGAGCAUCCAAAUCCAAAAAUGCACCAAAGAAAGCGGCACCCAAACCGAAGAAGCCUGUUGAGAUCAACCUGGAUGAGGAUGACGAACAAUCGGAGGAAGAUUCUGACGAUGAGGACGAGGACGAGGACGAAGAUGACGACUUGGGAGAAGACGCCGUUGACCUCGCCACCGCUUGGGAUAUGAACACCGCAGCUGAGGAAGAGGAUGCCAAGGAAGCUGCUAAAAAGGCCAAGCGGGCAGCGAGGGACGAUGAUAGUGAAGAAGAUUCUGGGUCAGAAGCGGAUAGUGAAAGUGAUACCAGUGAAGACGGCCUUUCCGCAUCGGAUGACGAUGACGAGGUGGAUCCGCACGGGCUAUCAAAGCUGCAGGAUUUUGUUCAGUCUAUGGAAACUGGAAAAUCCACAAAACGCACCCAAAAGUCACAAGAACAAGGCAAGCCCUCUGAAUACGGCUUGACAUCCUCUAACAAAUUGACUGUCGCCGAUCUUCUGCCCUCAAUCACGGAUUCUCGUCUCAAGAAUUCGCUCAAGCACAUUGAUUCUGUCGUUCAGUCAUCUAAGUCUGGCAUCCCAGGCAAGCUCGAUGCUCCUUUGGCCAAACGCCAGCAAGACCGGAUUGAUCGGACUGCUGCCUACGAGAAGAGCAAGGAGACUUUGAACCGAUGGCUCGAUACUGUUAAAGCCAACCGCAGAGCGGAACAUCUCUCUUUCCCUCUACGCGACCCUGACGCUGAGCAAAGUCACCGCUUAGAAGUGACCAAGCCGCAGACAGACUUAGAAAGCGCUAUUCAGAACAUUCUUGUGGAGAGUGGUUUGGCUGAGGCUGAAGGCAAGACAGCCGAAGACCAAAUUCAGGAUUUCGAAGAACUACAGGCUCGCAAUAUCCCUGUUGAGGAGAUCCAGGCUCGGCGAGCUGAACUACGUAAGCGACGUGACUUGCUUUUCCGUGAGGAAGUGCGUGCCAAACGCAUUAAGAAGAUUAAGAGCAAGUCUUAUCGCCGUGUUCACCGCAAAGAGCGCGAGAAGGAGGAGCAACAGGAACGACAAGCGCUCAUGGAAGCCGGUGUGGAUCCUGAUGGAAUGGAUCAAGAGAAGAGCGAGCGAUUGAGGGCCGAAGCUCGCAUGGGCUCCAAGCAUCGCGAUAGCAAGUGGGCCAAGGGCCUGAAGCAGACUGGUCGCACUGCAUGGGACGAAGAUGCCCGCAACAGUGCAGCUGACUUGGCCCAGAGAGAGGAGGAGCUACGGAAAAGAAUCGAAGGCAAGCGUGUUUCUACUGGAGAUGACGACUACCUGGGCUCUUCAAGCUCUGAAUCAGAGGAAGAGGAGGAUCCUUGGAAUGAGCAGGGUUCCGACGUCGAAAGGGAGAAGUUCCAGAAGAAGCUCAGUGCCCUUGAGGGCAAUGAUAAUUCUGGUGCAGUGAAGGGGCCUCAUGCUGACCUAUUCGAAAUGAAAUUCAUGAAGAACGCCGAUGCCGCCCGCAAAGCACAGAAUGAUGCAGAGCUCCGCCAACUCAAACGUGAGCUACACGGAGACGAGGCUCAGUCCGACGCAGAUUCGGAGGUCGGUCGCCGAAAGUUCGGCCAGUCGAAGAAGGACGAUUCGAAGUCUCGCACAAAGCAAUUGCCCAAGAACGAGUUCGAAGAGAAGCUGGACUCUGAUGACGAAGAUGCCCAAGUUGCAGAAUCAAACAAUGAUAUGGACAUUGUUGUCGAUCAACCAACCAAACAACAGUCAGGAGCCAGAGGCACCAAGAACGUUUCACAAGCCUCUCGUAAAUUCUCCAACGAGAAAGAGGCCCCCGAGGAAGCCCCGGAGGAAGAGAACCCGUGGCUUGUUCAAACCGAGCGAACCAACCGUCGCAGGACAGGCCCUGAUGCCCAGGAAGACAUCGACAUCUCGCUCGAUGCUGCCCAACCUGAACUUGCUACGGCCAAGACCCAAAGCAAGAAGCCAAAGAACGCCAAAACGGCACUCUCCAAGAAGCAAUUUGACGAAGACAAUGACAGCGAUGAUGAGGACAGUGUACCUGUCCUGCUCAAGAACCAUGAUCUUGUGAAGAGAGCCUUCGCUGGCGAUGAAGUCGUCCAGGAUUUCGAACAGGACAAGAUGGACACCAUCGAAGACGAAGGCGACAAGAUUGUGGACAACACGCUCCAAGGAUGGGGAAGCUGGGCCGGCGAGGGUGUCAGCAAGAGACAAUUGAAGAAGCAAAAGCGAGACCUCACCACCGUUGCGGGAGUGAAGCCCCAACAGCGCAAGGACGCGAAGCUUGAUCGAGUCAUUAUCAACCAAAAGCGAAUCCAGAAGAAUAAGAAGUACAUGGCCACCCAACUGCCGCAUCAGUACGAGAACAAGACCCAGUACGAGCGUUCCCUGCGCAUGCCUCUGGGUCCCGAGUGGUCUACAAAGGAGACCUUCCAGAGUGGCACUAAACCUCGUGUCAUGAUCAAGCAAGGAAUUAUCAAGCCCAUGGACAAGCCCAUGCUAUGA